AUGACCUUUUUUUUCUUUUUUUUCUUUUUUUCUUUUUUUCUUUUGUAUACAGAUGAAGACUCUGUGAAAGCCCCUACUUCUUCAUCCAAACCUGAUGGUCUUGCGGGCCAAGUCUACAGUCUUAUCGAAAGCAUUCAAAACAGCCUCCAAUGGAAAGAAAGCAAGACAGAGAACACCUCAGACUCCACCCGUCCGCAUCAUCGAGGGAAACGGUUCAUCUCUUAUGAACGGUACCUGGAGAUGAUGGUGGUUGCGGAUCACAAGAUGGUGGAACAUCAUGGAGGAGGAGUUCAACUCUACGUCUUGACUCUGGUUGCAGUGGUGAACAGGAUAUUCCGGGAUCCCAGUAUAGGCAAUGCCAUCAACGUGACAUUAGUGGAGCUCAGAAUACUGCAGAAUGUGAAUGAUGGACCUCACAUCUCCUCCAAUGCUCCCAUGACCCUCAAGAACUUCUGCGCCUGGCAGCAGCAGCAGAAUCAGGCGGAGGACAGUCAUCCUCAUCACUAUGACACAGCCGUCCUCCUUACCAGGUAUGUCUUGCACCUCUCCAUCUUCAUCCGGACCCUCUUUAUUGAACAUGUUAUCAAUAGGGAGAUGUUGAGCAAUUGCUCGGGCUACGACCCACAAGACCAACAGCCCAUGAGACCAUUAGCCCUCUAG